ACAAAUGGUGAAUGAAGUUCUACAAAAGAAACAAAGUAUUGAAGAUUUCUGUCUCUCUUGUGGAAAAAUGAGAGCGGCAACUUUCCACCCACUGUUUGAAGGAGGCUUGUGCCAAACAUGCAAGGACGUGUACCUGGAGAUAUCUUACAUGUACGAUGAUGAUGGUUACCAGUCCUACUGCACCGUCUGCUGUGGAGGGCGAGAACUUCUGCUGUGUGGCAAUGCCAACUGCUGCAGAUGUUUCUGUGUGGACUGUCUGGACAUCCUGAUUGACCCCGGAGCCUCUAACAGUGCUCGGUACCAGGACCCUUGGCGAUGCUACAUGUGCCAGCCACUCCUGCAGAACGGUGUCCUCAAACGACGGCAUGACUGGAGCAUAAAGCUACAGGAGUUCUUCGCUAAUGACAGGGGACAGGAGUUUGAGAAAACAAAGAUUUACCCAGCAGUCCCUGCAGAGCAGAGACGACCAAUCAGAGUCCUUUCCCUGUUUGAUGGCAUUGGAACGGGUUACCUGGUUCUUAGAGACCUKGGUUUUAAGGUGGACCAGUACAUUGCGUCAGAGGUGUGUGAGGACUCGAUUUCAGUGGGUGUUGUCAGACAUGAAGGAAAGAUCCAAUAUGUCCACGAUGUCAGGAACAUCACCAAGAAAAAUAUUCAGGAAUGGGGUCCAUUUGACUUGGUGAUAGGAGGAAGUCCCUGCAAUGACCUCUCAAUUGUCAAUCCUGCAAGGAAAGGCCUAUAUGAAGGUACAGGGAGGUUGUUCUUCGAGUUUUACCGCCUCCUGAGUGAGGCCAAGCCCAAAGAAGGAGAAGACCGUCCUUUUUUCUGGAUGUUCGAGAAUGUAGUAGCCAUGGGCGUCAACGAUAAGAGGGAUAUCUCCCGAUUUCUGGAGUGUAACCCAGUGAUGAUUGAUGCYAUCGAGGUCUCUGCUGCCCAUCGUGCCCGGUACUUUUGGGGUAACCUUCCAGGAAUGAACAGGCCUUUGUGUGCUUCUGGGAUGAAUAAGCUGGAGCUGCAGGACUGUUUGGAACACGGUCGAGUAGCAAAGUUCGGGAAGGUGAGAACCAUCACCACUCGCUCCAACUCCAUCAAGCAGGGAAAAGAUCAGCACUUCCCAGUGUUGAUGAAUGGGAAGGAGGAUGUGCUGUGGUGCACUGAGCUGGAGAGAAUCUUUGGUUUCCCUGUCCACUACACUGACGUGUCCAACAUGGGUCGAGGUGCCAGACAGAGACUCCUGGGCCGGUCCUGGAGCGUCCCUGUUAUCAGGCAUCUGUUCGCACCACUCAAAGACUACUUCGCCUGUGAAUAGACGGGCACUCGGCACCAGUGAUCACGUUGUGAUUUAAAGCUCACAGCUGCACAUUGUUCCGUUAUAACCGCUCAAAAACUAUCGGCUGCUAGUCCUGCUGUUCGAGGAGCCGGACGGUUUGCGUCCUGUCAGCAGAGAAGCACUUCCUCAAAAGCUGCAGAGCUCAAACCAACAUCUGCUGUUCAACUCUAGAGCCAAAUGAUGCACACUUAAUGUGCUCCACUCUGCCACACAGAACCAAGGCUGAUUAAUGUUGCAGGUUAGUUUGAGUCAGAACACCUGUCCCUGAUGGAGGCUGCAGAGACACUGGAACAUGGCCUUCCAAUAAGACGGCUUGAACAGGACUUCCUGUUUGGAAAAAACACAUUAUUUUUAUUGGGUAUCAGUUGGACAAACAGGCUGCUAAUACAGCCUGUAAAAGUAAGAUUUACUACAAUAUUUGUAUUCAACACAAACAGUUUAAACAGAACAACCAUAUAGGAUAACUAUAAUAUCAAAAAUACUAUAAAUUGUACUAAAAUACUAUACCUUACUACUAAAAUACUAUAGCAUAUUACUAAAAUACUAUACCUUACGACUAAAAUACUAUACCAUAUUACUAAAAUACUAUACCUUACUACUAAAAUACUAGACCAUAUUACUAAAAUACUAUACCUUACUAUACUAUAACUGGGAUGAAACAAGUGAGAAGUGAAAACUACUUUGAAUAAAAUAUUUUGGUUAAUUCUGGGCAAACAAUAAGUCCUCAGAUCUAGCGGGGGUGGGGGGGUAUUAAUACCCUUCUAGUAUAUAUUUUGUUUUUGACCCAUAGUUUUUUUAAGUUUUCUUCCAACAUAAAAAAGAUGCACAUAUUUCAAACCAAUCUCUUAGUUUUACCUUUUAAAUGUUGUUAAAAUGACGUCAGUGUGAAGCGUCACCAAAAUAAGGCUGUUUAUCUUCAGAUCCUAUAAAAAAUUAAAGUGUGGUUCUAAGUUGAUGUUAGGAUGAAGUGAAGGUAAAAUAACUGACUCUUUUUAAACAGAUUAAAAUGAUGUAUCCUUGUUUAAAGCUUA